AUGGACGACAAGAUCGCGCAGUUCUCCUCCGUUACCGGCGCAUCGACGAAAGAUGCGCGUCGGUACCUCACGAAGUACAAGCGGCUCGACCAGGCCCUCGACGCGUUCUACAGUGAUCCCUCCGCAGGCGCGCGCGCCACAGCAUCCACGAGCAAGCUCGCCGCGCUGUUUGACAAGUACAAGGAGCCGGAUGGGGAUGACAUCACCAUCGACGGCACGAUCAAGCUAUGCGAGGAUCUCGGUGUAGACCCGGAGGAUGUCGUGCUGCUCGCGGUCGCGUAUGAGCUGAAGUCUCCCGCGAUGGGUCAGUGGACGCGUAAGGGCUGGACAGAGGGCUGGAAGGCGCUCGGGGUUGACACGAUCCCGGCGAUGAAGACGACGCUCGAGACGCUCCGCAACAACAUGGCGCGGGACACGGACUACUUCCGCAAGGUGUACAACUACACGUUCGAGUUCUCGCGACCCCCAGGGCAGCGUUCGCUCGGGCUGGACAUGGCGCAGGGCUUCUGGGCGCUGCUCAUCCCGCACGGCCUCGCAGGCGGGGCGCUCGCACACGUGACCGCGGGCGGGCAGGACUCAGACGGGGACGAGGUGAUGUCCAGCGCUGCACCAGGGGAGGGCUGGAAGGACGUGUACACCCAGUGGUGGUUCGAGUUCUUGGAGGGCAGCGGCGCGAAGGGCGUCAGCAAGGACGUGUGGCAAAUGUUCUCCGAGUUUGUGCGGACGAUCGACUCGAAGUUCGAGAAGUACGACGCAGAAGCCGCAUGGCCGUCGACGAUCGACGACUUCGUGGAGUACGCGCGAAACAGGCUCGCCGGAGGUGCUUAG